AACCAGUCCGUGUUUAUAUCAGCUGGGAUAUGCAGCACUGUAGGGAAUGUUCCUCCUUUCAGUCUGUCAUUCGUGCCCUCUCGUGGCCUUUUAAGCAUGACUCUGUCUCUGGGAUGGCUCUCGGCUCUGGUAGCUGGUGUUUUUUCAGCUAUUGUUUUGCAGAAGCUUUGCUUUCCAUACUUCUGGAGGGACCUCUUCUUCUUGCUGAAGGUGAUGAGGUACGGCGUGAAGCUGGAGCUCUUCAAGCUGACGUCCAGCGUGCACACGGUCCUGGACAGGUUCCUCCAGCAUGCGCAGCGUAUCCCCGACAAACCGUUUGUCAUCUACGACGGAAACGUCCACACGUACCUGGACAUUGAUAAGCGCAGCAACAGACUGGCCAAUGUUUUCCUCGAGAAAGUCAACUUGAGGAAAGGAGACUGCGUUGCCUUGCUCAUGAACAACGAGCCCGACUUUCUUUGCGUUUGGUUCGGGUUGGCGAAGGCUGGCUGCUCGGUUGCUUUCCUCAACACGAACAUCAAAUCGAAGUCUCUGUUGCACUGCUUUAACUGCUGUGGAGCUAAAGCUCUAAUAGUUGGUUCAGACUUAGUGGAAUGUCUAGAUGGCAUCCUAACUAGUUUGCUUGAGGACAACAUCCAGGUGUGGGCCAUGAAGAGCAAGAGCGAGCACAGGGAGGUGUACUCACUGCUGGACAAGGUCGACGCAGCGUCUGACCAGCCUGUACCAGCAGCACUGCGUGCUACCACAUCGCUCAAAACACCUACACUCUACAUCUUUACCUCAGGAACAACCGGUCUUCCUAAGGCUGCAGUGAUCACUCACCUCCAGAGCUUGAAGGCAGCUGCAGGUUUCUGGGCAUUUGGGGCAACUGAAGAUGAUGUAAUUUAUGUCACACUGCCACUCUAUCACAGUGCAGCAUCCCUGAUCGGUAUAGGAACCAUAGAGCUAGGUGCAACUUUAGUCUUAAAGAAGAAGUUCUCAGCCUCACAGUUCUGGAAUGACUGCAGAAAACAUGAUGUAACUAUUUUCCAGUAUAUUGGUGAACUCUGCCGGUACCUCUGCAACCAGACUAAGACAGAACUUGAUAAAGUUCAUAAGGUGCGGAUGGGAGUAGGGAAUGGAUUGCGUCAGGACGUGUGGCGGGAGUUCCAAAGUCGCUUUGGGAACAUUAAAAUGUGUGAAGUGUAUGGCUCCACUGAGGGAAACCUGUGUUUCAUGAACCACAUCGGCAAGAUUGGAGCAGUGGGCCGCUCCAACUUCUUUUACAGGCUCCUGUUUAAGUAUGAUUUGGUGAAGUAUGACAUGGUGAAAGAUGAACCAGUGAAAGAUCAGUAUGGUUUCUGCCAGCGAGUGGAGAAGGGUGAGAUGGGGCUUUUACUUUCCAAGGUCAGCGCUAUUAACCCAUUCUUUGGCUAUGCUGGAAGCAAGCAACUCACUGAAAAGAAGCUGAUGAGAAAUGUGUUUGUCAAGGGUGAUGCCUACUUUAACACAGGAGAUCUCAUGGCUGAAGACUGUGAGGGCUUCAUCUGCUUUAGAGACAGAGUGGGAGACACGUUCAGGUGGAAAGGUGAAAAUGUAGCAACAACAGAGGUGACAGAGAUUCUUGGCCUGGUGGAUUUUAUCCAAGAAGUCAAUGUGUAUGGAGUGGAAGUACCAGGACAUGAGGGCAGAGCAGGAAUGGCAGCCAUCAUUGUAAGACCAGGCUUCAUGUUUGAUGGAAAGAAGCUGUUUGAGCAUGCAGUGAAGGACCUACCAGCGUACGCACGUCCACUUUUCAUAAGGCUACAGGAGGUCAUGGAAAUGACGACCACCUUCAAACAGCAGAAGUUCCAGCUGGUACAGAGUGGCUUCAACCCCUCAAAAAUCCCAGAUCCACUCUAUGUGCUGGACUACCAGCAAAAGAGCUACAUUCCUCUGACAGACCUGAUCUACCAAAGCAUCAGUGCCAGAGAGCACAAGCUCUAGAAUUCACAAGAAUAAGUGUGACUAUGCAGUUUUAAAUAGUGCACAAGAGGAAUAGAAAUUGGCUCUGCUUGCUGUAUUUUACAUUUAAUGGAAAACAUUUAGCUUGCAAUCAUGGAUUUACUAAGGCCUGAAAGAAAAGCCAUUGUCUAGUCAGCAAAGAAGAGGAUCAUGGACUGCAUUCACAUGAGCAGAAAUGUGUAAUGACCUAUUAUUUUUUUUAACAAAACCUCUUACUCUUAACCUCUUAAUAUAAACCCGAAAUAUUACUAUGUAACAAAAACCUAAUGAAUAAGCUUUAUGAAAGACUUAAAGUGGAAACUGGAAGAUUUCAGUUGGGGUUGGUUUGGAGACAGUGUUAGAUGUUGGUAAUACUAAAUGCAGUUUUAUGUAGAAGUCACGGAAUUCAGGCAAUAAAUUAUGCUUUUUGCAUCA